GCUACAUACUAAUAUUAAAAAAAACGUUAGACUAAACAGUCGGCUAACGUGCUAGUAGCCAUAGCCUGUUAGCGACGAGUGCCAGCGGCGGAUGGACGGAGCCAGUCUCCGCUGAUGGUGGUUCAGCUUCAGUUAGCUGGUCGCUUAGCCGGUUAGCUAUCACUGUUAUAUGUGGAGGGGACAACACAGGGAGCCAAUGUUAGCUGCAUCCCCGAGCAUCUCUGUUGGAUUAGCGUUGACGUUGCUGCACAAAGAAGAUAAAUUAAGAGGAAAGAUUAGCCCCGCUGCUGACAUGUUUUGAUGGAGCUCUCUGUCUUGAUACAACAUCAGGGAUCUAGCUAGCUGUAGCUAGCAGGCAGCUCACGGUGAUGUGUCGGUGUUUGGGCUAUUUUGGCAUCAUCUCACGGGCUUCGGCAGUAUUUGAACGUCAGUUAGUAACCAGUCCUCCAUGGGAUCCCCGAGGCUGGUUGAAAAGGCUGACGUGAUGACGUUACCGGGAGAAGCGGCUCUCCUGCGGGCUGACAGCUGAUGGAGAGGAGUCCCUGCUCCUCCUCUCACACACACGGACGGGGUCGUAUGAGGAGGACGCGGAACCCAGAAAAGACACACUGAACUGGACAGAAACGUUACUCGCAUCAACUGGAAGCACUGGGACGUGUUGAAUGAAAUGGAUGCGUUGCCUGUUGAUGAGUUUACAAGAUAAAGUUUUUUUGGGUGUUUGUUUAGUGGAUUUCUAAAUAAUUUUCCGGUACUUUCAUCUGUUGCCUUGACAGUGAAACAGCAUCAACAAGGCAGCUCACUGAUCAAACACAUCAAAAUGACUUGAAUGAGUGCCUUUUGUUGUGUAUGCAGCCCAUUCGGCUAUAUGACAUCUUCAAUCCAGCAAUGCUCAAGUCCACAGCUUUGUGACCUCAUUUUUGCUUUUGGAGAAGUUUUCACUGAUCACCUUUAAUCAGUAUUGCAAAUCACCGAGAUAGCCGAGGGAAAGCGCAAGUACUAUGCACCGUUGUCGCUGUCUCGCAUCCGACACCGAACCAGUAACCUCAGCGGAGGAGAGGCGCUCAUAACGGUACCGACCCCCCCCCCCCCGAAGAACCCCCGACCUCCCUUUAGGUAUUUUUUAUUUUUUUUUAAUCCACGGGGGGUGUAGAGAGCUGCAGGGAUGUUCGCCUCCGUGGAGCAUGGCCCGGUCCUCUGCAGCGACUCCAACAUCCUGUGCCUGUCCUGGAAAGGCCGGGUGCCCAAGAGCGAGAAGGAGAAGCCGGUGUGCAGGAAGCGCUACUACGAGGAGGGCUGGCUCGCUACCGGGAACGGUCGAGGAGUUGUCGGGGUCACGUUCACAUCCAGCCACUGCAGACGGGACCGGCCUAGCCCGCAGAGAGUAAACUUCAACCUCAGAGGACACAACAGCGAGGUGGUCUUGGUGCGGUGGAAUGAGCCCUUCCAGAAAUUGGCCACCUGUGAUACAGAUGGAGGGAUCUUUGUUUGGAUCCAGUAUGAGGGCCGCUGGUCUGUGGAGCUCGUCAAUGACCGUGGAGCACAGGUGAGUGACUUCACCUGGUCCCACGAUGGCACCCAGGCUCUUAUCUCCUACCGUGAUGGCUUUGUCCUGGUGGGAUCAGUCAGCGGGCAGAGACACUGGUCCUCUGAGAUCAACCUGGAAAGCCAGAUUACCUGCGGUAUCUGGACCCCCGAUGACCAGCAGGUGUUGUUUGGUACUGCAGAUGGACAGGUGAUAGUGAUGGACUGCCAUGGGCGCAUGCUGGCCCACAUUCUGCUGCAUGAGUCGGAUGGCAUCGUCAGCAUGUCCUGGAACUAUCCCAGUUUCCUGGUGGAGGACAGCAGUGAGAGCGACACAGACUCUGACGACUACUCCCCACCGCAAGUGCACAGCCAGAAACCACUGCUGACAGUCAGCUUCACCUCUGGUGACAUCAGCCUGAUGAACAACUACGAUGACCUCUCUCCCACCCUUAUCCGCACGGGUCUGAAAGAUGUGGUGGUCCAGUGGUGCUCGCAGGGGGACCUCCUUGCAGUGGCAGGGAUGGAGAGGACCCUCCUCUCCCCCGACCCCUCCUGUCCUCCCCCCACCAGGAAUGCCAUUGUCAUGUUCUACAAUGUUCGGGGUGAACACAUCUACACACUGGACACACCAGCACAGCGCCCCAUCACUACACUGUGCUGGGGUCACCGGGACUCUCGUCUGUUCUUGGCAUGUGGCCCGGCGCUCUAUGUUGUGCGAGUGGAGCACCGCGUUGCCAGCCUGCAGCUACUCUGUCAGCAGGGCAUCGCCACAGCAGUGAAGGAGGAAAAAGAUGUUGCCAAGCUCACCAUGCCUUCCCGCCUCUGUUCUUAUGUCACUACUGCUUUUGUCCCCACCAUCAAGCCCCCCAUUCCAGAUCCCAACAACAUGCGUGAUUUUGUGAGCUACCCAACAGCUGGAAACGAGCGUCUGCACUGUACUAUGAAGCGUACAGAGGAUAACCCUGAGGUGGGGGGGCCGUGCUACACUCUGUACCUGGAGUACCUCGGAGGUCUGGUGCCUAUCCUCAAAGGCAGACGAAUAAGUAAACUGCGUCCAGAGUUUGUCAUUAUGGACCCCAAGACAGAUGGGAAAACAGAUGAGAUAUACGGCAACAGUCUGAUAACUGCCAUGAUUGAUAGCUGUAACUGCUCAGACUCCAGUGACAUUGAGCUGAGUGAUGACUGGGUUGGCAAGAAAUCUCCAAAGAUAUCCAGGGGCAGCAAAUCCCCCAAACUGCCCAGAGACUUAGUUUGUCCCUUUACCAACAGGAUCAACAUUGAUCCCAGAAAAUCGCCCAAACUGUCUCGUGCUACACAAGAGAUCUCCAGGUCACCGCGGUUACCUAUACGGAAACCCUCGAUUGGGUCACCCAGUCUAACACGGAGGGAAUUUCCACUAGAUGACAUCACUCAGCAAAAUUACCUUGCUCAGGUCACAUCCAAUAUUUGGGGAACAAAGUUCAAGAUUGUGGGGCUGGCUACAUUCUUGCCAACCAAUCUUGGUGCAGUCAUCUAUAAGACAAGCCUCCUCCAUCUGCAGCCCAGACAGAUGACCAUCUACCUUCCAGAGGUGCGUAAAAUCUCCAUGGACUACAUCAAUCUGCCUGUCUUCAGCCCCAACGUCUUCAGUGAGGAUGAAGAUGAUCUGCCUGUCACAGGCCCUGCUGGUGGCACCAACGACAACCCGCCCUGCACUGUCAACAUCCCUAUUGCCCCCAUCCAUAGUCCCGCCCAGGCCAUGUCCCCUGCCCAAAGCAUUGGUCUGGUCCAGUCACUCCUAGCCAAUCAAAAUGUUCAGCUGGAUGUCCUAACAAAUCCCACAGCAAACCCUGCUGGGGCUGCUGCCAGUGGGUCAGACCAAAGCCAGGACACCAUCCUGACAGCCCAGUACACGGUUCCCACCAGGUACUCAAGUCCUGGUCAGGUCAUCUUUGGGGGGCUAGAAAUGGGUCGCUUAAUGGUGGGACCUCCACCUUCUCAUCAUCCUUCACAACAGCAGCAACAACAAUCAAGUCACCAUCAACAACAACAACAACAACAGCAGCAGCACCACCACCAACAGCAACAACAAGUACAACACCACCAACAAAUUCAACACCACCAACAACAGCUUCAGCAGCAGCAGCAACUCCAACAACAGCAGCAGCAGCAUCUCCAACAGCAGCAACAGCAACUCCAACAGCAGCAGAUGCUCCAGCACCAACACUUACAACAGCAGCAGCAGCUACAGCAGCAGCAGCUUCAGCAACAGCACAUUCAGCAGCAGCUCCAACACAUACAGCAGCAGCAGCAUCAGCAUCAGCUCCAGCAGCACAUACAGCAACAGCAACAACUACAACAGCAGCAUCAACAAAUUCAGCAGCACCUGCAGCAACAGCAACAAAUUCAUCAUCAACAGCAAUCACAGCAGCAGCAUCAGAUGCAACAACAACAACAACAACAGCAGCACCACCAUCAACUUCAGCAGCAGCAGCUCCAAAUUCAAAUUCCUAUUCCCUCUAUGUCAUCAGGACAGCCUUCAGGUGCAGCUGUGCACCAGCUCCAGUCAGGGGCGCUGCAGAUACAGAUCCCUCAUCCACCUGCUGAUUUAGUGGUUGAGAGACCCGUGGGGGGUGAACACGAGCACCUACUGAAAAUUAAAACCACUCGGUCAACUCCACAGCUGGCUGAGGGUGAUACAGUGGUGUUCAGUGCCCCUCUAGAGCUCAGCAAGAUGAACCCCCCUCCCCCCUAUCCCGGGACAGUAGCGGCUGCUGUGGCUGCUGCAGCAGCAACUGCUGCCUCCGCUUCAGCCUCCACUGCAGCCUCCAAUGCUGCGUCUGGAACAGGAGGGGGCACCAGUGGGACUCCUCCCCCUGGUGACCUUUGUCUGAAGAAGGGAGAGUUCCCACUUUAUCCUUCAGGUCAGCAACAAGCGCAGUACCCCACACCACUGGGAUAUGAGAGGAUAACGACAUUUGACAGCAGUGGGAAUGUGGAGGAAGUAUGUCGUCCUCGAACACGCCUUGUCUGCAAUCAGAAUGUCUACACACUCCAGGGACCUGGCAGUUCUGCCACUCUCAGGGUCACCUCCUCACCAUCCUCUUCCUCAGCUGACAAGAAGAUCCAGCUGCCCUACACCUCUGCCACUCUCAACAGACUCACUGCACCUCGCUAUUCCAUACCCAGUGGAGACCCGCCCCCAUACCCUGACCCAGCCAAUCAGAACAGUGCUGUUGGCAGGAACCCAGGACAGAGGUUAGACAGCAGUCUGAUCCAUGCCACUCUCAGGAGGAACAGCCGAGAGGCUGCUCUCAAAGUUUCCCAGAUGCUGGAACCACCCAGACCACUGCCUCCUAAAGCUAAAAAUAGUAGUGCACUAGCAGCGUCAUUCCAGCAGAGGGUGCCAACAGCCUUAUACACCUGCAGUCAGUGUAGCAGUGGGUCCAGUGUUGGAGGCACUGCCCCAGGGAGCACAAAUGGAAUAGCAGGAGGAACUAUUAUCAGACAGGAUUUCCCUCCAGGGAAUGGAGCACCACACAGCACAGUUAUUGUUCACUCUAACAGCACUACUCCUCUGGCCUCCCAGUCCUCUUACAACCUGCUGAGCUCUCUUGAAGGAUCUGGGACUGCAACAGGAGGAGGAAGUAACAGAGACAGGGCUGAUUAUGUUAAUUCAGCAUUUACUGAGGAUGAAACACUGAACCAGUCACUAAGGCAUCUGGCGCUAGGAGGAAACGAUGCAUCAGGGCUGGUUGUCAAACGGCCACCUCCUUAUCAGUGGGACCCAGCUGCCACAGAGGAGGUGUGGGUUCCUCAGGAACGGACAGCAACGCUGAAUCCUACUGGCCCCCCUGGACCCCACAAACCACCCCCACUUAUUCUUAGCCCAGUUCAGCACUUGGAUGUGUCCAGGCUGCCUUUUGUCCUUUCUCCAAAGUCCCCCACCAGCCCCAGUGCUGCAUCAUUUCAAGCUGCUGCAGCAGCUGCAGGCUACCAAAUCUCUCUCCAAUACCCUCCAGCAACUGCCUAUUCUGGAGCCCAACUCCAGCCCAUCCCAGGGUCACCACGCCCCUGCUCCUCCCCUAAGGAGAUGGUGGCACCAGUACCCUUCUCACAGCAGGAUGCAACCCUAGUCUUACCGCCGGGUUACCCUGCAAACCUGGCAAACCUAGCCUGCUGCCCCCUCCCACCCAUGUAUCCAGGAGGAAGUGCUUGUGCCGGACUUCCCAUUCCCCCCAUUUCCCUUCACACUCCUUGGGGUACCUAUAACUCUUGCCCGCCUAUGCCCAGUCCUGCAGUGCCACUGCCACCCAAAGCCUCCCACAUGGCAGUAGACAAAAAUGUUCUCUCUCCUCCUCCUCCUCCUCCUCCUCCACCACCCCCACCCCCACCACCAGCACCAGCACCAGCAGAGCUGCAGAACCAUGGAGGAUUACAAGAGGCUAUGGCAGAGGCUGGGGAAGGUUUUCAGGAGGUGCUCUCCUUAACUGAGAGCCCUGUGCCACAGCGGUCUGAGAAGUUCAGCAAGAAGAACCGCAAGCGGGCGGAUGGGCGCGCUGAGGAGUCUAAUGUGCCACCGUUGGCUGAAGGGAGCAAAUCGAAAAAGGAGGGCAGAGCUUUGGGUGAUUUCAACUCACUCAUCUCCAGUCCACGGCUGGGAGGAAGGGACAAGAAGAAGCUGAAGGGACAGAAAGAGCAGCAGUUGAAGGCCAAGAAACUGAGUAAGGCCACUGCCAAUAGUGAGUUCCAAGACAGUUCAGAAAGUGAGCCAGAGCUGUUCAUCAGUGGGGAUGAGCUGCUCAAUCAGUGCCAGAGUGGUAAGAAGGGCUGGAAGAGUAAGAGGAACCUGAGGGCUGCCAGUGAACUGGACGAGAUCAAGUGUCGAAAGGCCAACGAGAAGGAGGACAGAGGGUUGGGCAGCCAGGGGUUUGUGUAUGUCAUGGCCAACAAGCAGCCACUGUGGAAUGAAGCCACGCAGGUCUACCAGCUGGACUUUGGUGGGCGCGUCACACAGGAGUCUGCCAAGAACUUUCAAAUUGAACUGGAGGGCAGACAGGUGAUGCAGUUUGGCAGGAUUGAUGGCAAUGCCUACAUCCUGGACUUCCAGUAUCCCUUCUCUGCUGUGCAGGCAUUUGCAGUGGCUUUAGCCAAUGUUACUCAACGCCUCAAAUGAGAUGUCCCCUCCCUACUUACCCUGAGUUAUAUCUGGGAUUUAAAUGCAAUCUGUUGAAGGGGCACAGUUCUUUCAUUUGAAAUUAAUAAACUUUGAUUUUGGAGCGGAGACUAAAAUCAGCCCUCGUCAUAGAGAGAGAUACAAUCGCGCUGCACUACACAAUGCUGCCACUAGAGUUGGUGCAAUAAGCAUUGGCUGCAUUUGCUAAGGAUGCCGUCAGAUCUGCUCUGUUUGGCAGUCAGUGGCACCUUGCAAUGCAUGUAGGGCCAAAGAGCUGAGCUUUGGUAAUCAUCAUGCAAAUAAAUGCUGCUUUAGCUAGAAGAAGGUUAUAGUCAUGAUAACUGAUCGGUUAGCUGAGAGAGGAAUUGUCAAGGUGCAGUUUUCAAAAGACGCAGCAGUAAUACUUGAAAACCACACUCUGGAGAUCAAAGUUGUUUUUUUCCCAGAGCGCACAGGUACUACUGGGCACUGAAAUCCAUUGCUGUACAAAACUUAAGUAAAACAGUUACCACUUUAUUAUACUGCUUUUGCUUUUAGGAUUUUAUUAAAUGACUAAACAUAGUGGAGGGUAGGAGGGUCUUUUUGUUUUUGCUCUCUGCCAUUCCUUUUGUUACUAUCUCAAUCUAUCUUGGCUGGAAUUGAGGCUUAGAUUUAUGCAUCAUUUAGGAGCACUACUAAGAGUUCACACUUUUCACUGUUGUGAAAGGUGCGUCACUGUUAAAAACUUGGGAAUGUCAAGGAGUAAAUAUAGAUGAGGUGAACUGCAGUCUUUUCCACAUGGUUUCCUGGGACUCUGAAGGAAGAAGAAACGUUACUACAUGGAUUAAUUUAUAUGUACAUUUUUUUGUUUAUCUAUCCAGAAAUUAAUUUCAACAUAAUUGUCAUUGUUUGUGAUAUACAAUCUUCAUACCCUGUCAACAUGGUUUUCAACUUACCUGCUUUAUUUGGGAGACUAGUGGCUGAAUUUGAAUAUUGGUGUGUAGUCUGGAGUAAUUCAGGAGGGAGGGGCGUACAGAAUAGCUUUGACUGACAUAUCCUGUACUUAGUGAAAUAUCUACAUAUGGUGACAUGGGCGCAAAAGAAGUCGCCAAGGCCUGGAUUGAACAACUCUGGCAUGAAGUGAUAUGUCACCUGCUGUCACUUCUGUGAAGUGAGUGUGUAGUUUUGGGGGCUCUUAAAGACCACACUGAACAUGUAAGCAAGGUACAGGAGAUAUUUUUGUAUAUUUCACCUAUGCCAUUUCAUACUCUCUUCAGAAGUCAUGUAAAUACAUAUCAGUCCUAUGUAAAUGUAAGAUACUUGGGUGACUUUGACAGAUGUCUGUUUACACCUGUCUCCACUGUGUUUUAAGUGUAAUUUCAGGUGUGGAGCGAAGCUGUAGUACUGUUUAACUCAACAGCUACAACCACAAAAAAAGUUAACAGUUAAGCUGAAAUCAUUGUCACUGAAUCUUUGAAGUCAGAACUCCAAUGAAGGAUGAAGCUAUUGAACUCUGUUCAUUUAAUAAGCUGACACUGAAAUCUGAAAAGCUGUGUUUUGUUUUGUUUUUUCUUUCAGGCAAGUCAAGCUUGUGUUCAUGUUGAACUAAGGACACAGAGCAGGGCCAGCUGAUGGGAGUGAGGGCAGGAGUACAUUAUUAGGCACAUUGCAAAUAUCUGCAGUAGGCUUUAUUUGAAUAAGAUGGUAGCCCAAAUCAGUAAAAAGGGGCAGUAAUAUGUAGGCUUAAUAACAUUAGGUAGGUGUGAUUAGGGUCACCUCUAACAUUUGUGCCAAAAUAUGCAUUUGCUAAAAUUUAUAGAUGGAACAAAUGGGCCUAGAGGGAAGUGUAACUUAAUUCUUGAUUUAAAGAAAGCUAUCACUUUGGACCAGCUUUGUUUUGGUCUCUGAAUUGAUGAGAUCAUUACAUUCUUUAGUGUGAUCUUUCCGUAUCACUAGACGCAUGGGGGGGGUUGUAGGGAUGGGGAUUGAAAAAGAAUUAAACAAAAAAAAAAGGUGAAAAGAACAUAAGCAUGUCAUAACGAAAGUAUCCAUCUUUUUGUGUUAGUUGUGCAAUAUUUUCUUAGGGGGAAAAAAUCCUUUGUCAUCACUUUUGACCACAGUUUGAUACCCUUCUUUUAGUUCAGCAUCUCAGUUGCUGGUCUGUACAUUUUAUUUAUGAGAUUAUUUCCUAAAAGAGAUAUAGUAUCUAUACAUACUGUAUAUUGUGGAGUUUUCUGAACAUUUUUUGUGUUGUUAAAAAUUUGCUACAAGUGUAGCCCAAAUUGUGAGAUGGGAAGGUGGGGUUGGGAUCGGGCAAGAUUUCUGUGUUUUGUGAAGUUUGCAUUGGAUGGAAAAGAUGUGAAUGAGUAAGUGCCCAGUUUAGUGUAGUCGGUAGACUAGUUAUGUAGAGUGUAAUUGUCAAGUCAAGGUGUGUCUGUAUUCAACUGUGCAGUCUACCAAUCCCAUCAGUGUUAAAUCUAUUAUCUUUAAACGUGUGUGUGUGGUCAUGGCUUCUUACACAUAUACACACACAUCGUUCACAUACGUUCACAAGUGUAAGCCACCGAGUUCAUGUUGAGAAUUGCCUAUGGACUUAGGUUAAGGAUUCACUUUAAACUGAUUUCAUGAGAUGACCUGUUGUAGAUAUUGUAGGAUUUGGCUUUUCUUUAGAAAAGGUAUGUGCUUUGUAUUUGUAGAUGUAGACUUAAAUGACAAAAACACUUGAAAAGAAUCUGAGUCUGAUUUGGUGACUGAACGUUUAUAGUGAAUGGAUAGUAAGGCAUGCCAUGUAAAUUAUUUUAUAAUUGUAUAUGUCACGCAUCUUUUGAAUAAAACGUCAUUGUUUCAGGAAAAAAA